GUGUACGUAAUCACUUUACCCGAUUGUAGAACAUGGCGGAGAAAAGAAACGCGCAGGGGUCAGCGGUCAAGUACGCUCAACCAAUUGACUCUAAACGGGAUAAACUGAAUCCCGAGCAGGUACAGUUCAUGCGGAAGGCGGAAAUUGCACAAUGGGGAAAAAACGCUGGAAGGUUGCGGAGUCGGAACUUCAUCACUGGACUCGCAAUUGGAGGCAUCGUGCUGGGGAUUUAUGGAUACACUUUCUAUUCCGUGUCCCAGGAAAAAUUUUUAGAUGAACUGGAAAAUGAAGCAAAAGUGGCAAGAGCAAACUAUCCUAAGACAUCUGCCAACUGAACUGCCUUGGUAUAACCAGAAGAUUACUUGUUAACCUUACUUUAUUUUCAUGGUUGUUAGCAGAUUGAGACAUUGAUAUACAACUUGCCUUAUCUUCAGUCCAAUCAGAUAGUUCUGACAAGACGCGAAUCAGUUUCUAUAGAUCAUGCCAUGAUACGCGUAAGAGAAAAUACAUUUGGUUCAUACAUUCGCUGUUGGAACACUUGUUUAAAUAUACAUAACUAUUGAUGUUUGCAUCCAAAUAUCCUGUUAAAUAAAUAAAAUACUUUUUUCAAGUUGAAA